GGGAGGGGAUUUGUCGGCUAUUUUCAACGGCUCCAAGGGGGGGCACUCCACCACGAUUGGAGUGCUUUGUAAUAAGCAUGAAAAUACAGAAAAAGACAAAAUUUGUUGAUUCUUCCUUUUUUUAUAGCCUUGGGUUUUGCUCUUCUUUUCACUUUUACUUGGUCAGAAUGCAAUGGUGGAUGUUUUUGGUUUGUCUUCUUUUAAAAUUUAUUCUCUCAAAUUUUAAAGGUAUUGCUUGUGGUCAUCUUUACUUUUUCUUAGAAGAUAUAUUUCCUAACCAACCCGGAGGUUUUCGAGUACUUCAAACCCCCAACAUUCUCAAACGUUUAUUUGAUCCUCCUCCAUUGGUACGUAUACCUCCUGAACAAAGACCAGGUGGAUUUAAUUGGGGUGCUGAAGAUAACCAGCCUGUAGAUAAUCGAAAUGAAUAG